AUGUCAGCAGGCACUCGCAGAGCAACAGCAUUGACAAAGGCUAGGCUCAAGAAGUAUUUAGAAGAACUCAAGAACUUUUCGUUAGAUCUGCCUCCAUCAACAGAAGAUGAAGAAGCAUUUUAUGAAGAGUUGCAGAAUUUGAAGAUGAACGACAGAGAUAUCAGAAGAGUGGUCGAGAAUAUCGAAAGAAUUUUGAGGCAACUGAAAUCGCUCGGAGAACCAAUGGAUCAGCCUUAUUUGGAAAUGAUGAUUGAGCAAUAG